GCCCGCCCGACCGCCUCGGACGACGCGACGACGGUGCUUCUUCCAUGAUGUGGCGGAGCACCUCCACCGGAUCACCGAGACAACUAAUAUGCAGCAGUAGCCGCGGCAGGACGACGAGGCAUCAGUCGAUGGAGCGAAGUUAUCGCUGACCGCACGGAGCCCACCAGCUGUUUGUUGAUUUGCUUCGACCAAGCCCCCUUGCCGAAAGCUGCUGCCGGGGCAGCUUACUGGAUUUGAGGUAUCGUGAUGGCCUAGCGGACUUGGAACGACUUUGAAUGGAUAUAUAGUAUAUCCUUUGUGUUUUCGUCGCCAUUGUGGAUGUAGGGUGUUGUGUACUACUAUCACAGCGCUUGAGAUGGAACAGGAUGAAUCUCCACUUGAGUCUAGUGAUGAGGAGCUUAUCUGUGACAAAGAUAGUGGGAAUCAGGAACGAAUGGAGAAAAGAGUUGCUGGCCUUGAAAUCGUAAAAGCACCUGAGCCUGGAAUGACUUUUCCUUCUUUGGAUGCUCUUGUCGAAUACUACAAGAAAUAUGGAAAGCAAGAAGGUUUUCGGGUUAGUAGAAAAUCAAGAACAAUCUCAAGUUCUGGAAAAAUAGAACAUGUGACAAUUGCAUGUUCGCGAGAGGGAAAGCCAUACAUCUAUAAACGGAAUAUUCUACAACCCAAACCGACAACAAAAACUGGAUGCAAAGCUCGAGUUAAUGCUACUCUGUUUGAAAAUAUGAGCUGUAGAAUCAAUUCAGUUAGGCUUGAACACAGUCAUUCUCUGGUUCCGAGAAAAUCACGCUUCUGCAUGUGCAACAGGGAUUUAUCUAUAGGUGCACAAAAAAGACUCGAAUUGAAUAAUAUGACAGGGACUGGUGUAAAUAGGAAUGACACAACUUGUAGUGUUCAGGCUGGGGGUUGUGAGACUGCACCAACUUUGGAGAAAGAUUGCAAGAAUUCUGUUGAGAAGGCAAGUAAGUUUUGGCUGGGUGUGGGUGAUGCUGAAGCAAUUUUUGAUUACUUUAUUCGUAUGAAAUCAAAGAAUUCAAGCUUUUUUUAUGCAAUGGAUGUUGAUGAAGAAUCCCGAAUUAAAAAUGUGUUAUGGGCCGAUGCAAGGAGCAGGGCAGCAUAUGAAGAGUUUGGUGAUGUUGUUACAAUUGAUACAACAUAUUUGACAAAUAAAUAUGACAUGCCUUUUGUACCUUUUGUAGGUGUUAACCACCAUGGCCAGUCAAUUUUAUUUGGAUGUGGCUUGCUGUCAAAUGAAGACACCAUGACAUUUACAUGGUUGUUUAGAGCUUUUCUUUCAUGUAUGUCUGGGCGUGCUCCAAAUGCUAUCAUCACAGAUCAAGACAAGGCCAUGCAAAAAGCUAUUGAGACUGUAUUCCCGGGCAUUCGUCACCGAUGGUGUUUGUGGCACAUAAUGAAGAAACUGCCAGAGAAGUUUAAGGGUUAUAGGGUGUAUGAAGAAAUGAGAAAAUUGAUGCAAAAUGCAGUUUAUGAUUCAUUCACAAAGGAGGAAUUUGAAGAAAGUUGGACUAAAUUCAUCGAGAAAUUUAAUUUAUAUGAUAAUGCAUGGUUAAAAGGUUUAUAUGAAGAGCGGCACCGAUGGGUCCCUGCAUUUGUGAAAGAUUCUUUCUGGGCUGGGAUGUCUACAACACAAAGGAGUCAAAGGAUGAAUCCUUUCUUCGAUGGGCUUGUAUAUUCGAAGACAACGAUGAAGCAAUUUGUUGAGCAGUAUGAUGUUGCAUUGGAAAGUAAAGUCGAGAGAGAAGACCAAGCGGAUUUUCAGUCCUUCAACUCAUGGGUCCCCUGUGUAACUCAUUUUGAUAUAGAAAAACAAUUUCAACAAGUUUAUACCAUCGACAAGUUUAAAGAAUUUCAGCAAGAGAUGGUAGCAAAGCUUUAUUGUGAAGUCACUUUAGCAGGUGGGAGUGAUGGAAUCUCGGAGUAUGAUGUGUCUGAGGAUGUCUUGAUCGGGGAUGAUGAUGAUCAACAUCAUAAGCUGGUCCACUUCAAGGUGCAUUUCACCGAGGGUGAUUGUGAAGUUCAGUGUAGCUGUCACUUGUUUGAAUUUAAGGGAAUCAUAUGCAGGCAUAUGAUAUCUGUCCUAGUAAAGAGGCAAAUUUCUAGUGUUCCGUCAAGAUACAUUCUACCACGAUGGAGGAAAGAUUUGAAAAGACGUCAUAUGAAGGUGAGAGUUGGUUAUUGCGGUUGGAGCAAUAAUCCAAAGGCCCAACGAUAUGAUUAUAUACACAAUAAGUUUGAUGAGGCAGCAGACAUGGCAGUUGAGUCUGAUGAGUACUCUGAGAUGCUUUGGAGUUGUAUUGAUGAUUUCCAGAAAAGAAUAAAUAAAAGUGAUGUGGAUGGCAAGGGCACUCAACACCCUUCUGCAAGACUAACCAUCGAAAACAGACUGCUUAGUCCUCUAGCUCUUCGUAGGCAGGGGCGUCCUUCGACAAAAAGAAAGGUAUCCAAGGUUGAGCAAACUAUAAAGAAACACCUGCAACCCAAAAAGAAGGGUCAAAGUAGUGGCGAACACGACCAACAGGUAUCACAACACCACCAAACUGUUGACACCUACGCACGCGAUAUCGUAGGGGCAACUGCACAAGGCUCCACUGAGAUUGGAACGCAAGAAACCAUUUUGCAGGCAAAUGCGACUUAUGGUCAAUAUCCUGGCCAAGUCCUAAAUAUGCAACAUGUGGGUAGCAAUCCUCUACUGCCACCACUUGUUCAAGUUGCACCAGAAAUAAGAGGUUCCACGUGGGGUCAGCACGGAGUAUCUGAUUACCCGUUUCAGGGAUACAACGAUAACAAAUGAUGACUGAGAACCUAAAUCUUUCAAGUUGCAGGAUCAGCGGUUCCGCAGCAGAGAAAUGCAGGAGGCGUGCGCAGGUUCUAGUGGACACUCCUAUCGAUCGAACACCGGAAGAGGACUUGUACAGAUAGUGGUAUGGAUCGGGCGCUUUAUAUAUUCUUGUUUUGUGGAUGCUACCACGUAAAACAAUGGACUUCUUUUUCCACUUCUCCGUUGACAACAGCUUGUAAUGUAGAAGCCUGCCUGCCUGUUCAAUUUAGACUGCUUUGAGUAACGUCUGGCCCAAAUCACAGAAAUAAAACACACUUUUAUUCUUGUAGGCUUA